CACGUGAGCGCGCCGCUUCGCCGAGAGCCGGAUCGCUUCCAGCGCAGAAGGACCCGUCGGAGCCCCGCUGCCCUUCGCUUCCCGGUCGGAACAGUCGACGCUGCUUCAACUCCGCCGUCAUGUCCGUGUUCCCGGAGCUCUACUUUAACGUGGAUAACGGCUACCUGGAGGGACUGGUGCGCGGGUUCAAGGCCGGAAUCCUGACUCAGGCCGACUACCUGAAUCUGGUGCAGUGCGAGACGCUGGAGGACCUCAAGCUCCACCUGCAGAGCACAGACUAUGGUAGCUUCCUGGCCAACGAGGCGUCACCCCUGACGGUGUCCGUCAUCGAUGACAAGCUGAAGGAGAAGAUGGUGGUGGAGUUCCGCCACAUGAGGAACCAGUCCUAUGAGCCGCUCGCCAGCUUCAUGGACUUCAUUACCUACAGCUACAUGAUCGACAAUGUCAUCCUGCUCAUCACGGGCACCCUGCACCAGCGCGCCAUCUCAGAACUUGUGCCCAAGUGCCACCCGCUGGGCAGCUUUGAGCAGAUGGAGGCGGUGAACAUCGCCCAGACACCUGCAGAGCUCUACAAUGCCAUCUUGGUGGACACACCCCUUGCUGCGUUCUUUCAGGAUUGCAUAUCUGAGCAGGACUUGGAUGAGAUGAACAUUGAGAUCAUAAGGAAUACCCUUUAUAAGGCAUAUUUGGAGUCCUUCUACAAGUUCUGCUCCUCGCUGGGAGGGACCACAGCAGAUACAAUGUGUCCUAUUCUUGAAUUUGAAGCGGACCGCAGGGCCUUCAUCAUCACCAUCAACUCGUUUGGCACGGAGCUGUCCAAGGAGGACCGCGCCAAGUUGUUUCCCCACUGCGGCAAGCUGUACCCCGAGGGCCUGGCCCAGCUGGCACGUGCAGAUGACUAUGAACAAGUGAAGGCCGUGGCCGAGUACUACCCCGAAUACAAGCUCUUGUUUGAAGGUGCGGGCAGCAACCCAGGAGAUAAAACUCUCGAAGACCGAUUUUUUGAGCAUGAGGUGAAGCUCAACAAGCUGGCCUUCCUCAACCAGUUCCACUUUAGUGUCUUUUACGCCUACGUCAAACUGAAGGAGCAGGAGUGCCGCAAUAUCGUAUGGAUUGCCGAAUGCAUCGCCCAGAGGCACCGGGCCAAGAUUGACAACUACAUUCCUAUCUUCUAAUUCCAUGGCAGCAGCCAGAUCACAUCUCCGUCGCUUCAUUCCUUCCUUGUCACUGCUUUUCAACAUCAGCGACUCGAUCACCAUAUUUUAACCCUCCAUGGCAACAUUAUCAGCUAUGUCUGGGUUUCCUAACACCCCCACAUCAACAUCGGCAACCACAAACCAUCUUCUGAACCCCCCGAGUCAGAUUGGAUGGUGUCGACUCUAAAAAGAGUGUUUGCAGUUUCUUGCUGCUCUUAAUUUCCCCACUUCGUUUUUGAACCAAUGAGAAGAAAAUAUUUAGUUUUGACCUUCUAUGUUAAUUUUUGCUGUAUUUUUCAUGGUGAAGCCGAAGCUCAGGCAUCCUGUGCCCCCCCCCCCCCCACAUAGUGGUUUAGCAUUGGCACUUGCAAAGUGUCCAAACAGCAAAGCCUCGGGCCCCAGUGCUGACGCACAGUGUUGUUUCUUUGGUAUCUAUAACAUGUUCUUGUCGCCCCCACACAACAGCCAGCGGCAUAUAGAGAUUUGGGCACUCUUCAUGAGUUGCUUCUGUGGUCCUGCAGUCCCUGGCACGAUCACACACCUCCCCCGCUCCAUGACUGCUUGCUGCCACCAUCGUGGCGGCCGCUGUGGAAGCUUAGAGAUCCAAGUGAAUCGAAAGAACAGCUCUUCAUGUUCAGAGCUGGAAGUGCAGCACCUCCUAGCGCUGACACCGAAACACUUCCUUUAUGGGUUGGGUGGCUAAUCCAGGGAAGGUUUUCCACCAAAUACAUCUCUAAUGCACAGCAUAAUAAAUUGUAUGUAAUGGGGGGGGUUAGUGAUUGUUUCUGGUUAAUGUACUCUUUGUCAUGUCUCCCUUUUACAAAAAAUGGCUUCAUUGGUGUAUUGUUGGAGCAGAAAUCGGGUUUGUGUGACAUGAUUUUCCAGCAGAGCUUGCAUUGUUGCUUUGGUUUGAAGGCAUACAUGCCCUCUGCAUCCAUCUUUUAUGUAGAGAUAUAGAAGGCCUAGUGGGCAAAAGGGAAAAUGUCAUGUGAAACAAAGCUGAAAUGGCAUUUCAGAUAAAUUGAUAAAAUGUUGGCGGUAUUUAUUUUAUACAACUUGCCGAGUACAUUAAAAAAAGGUGUAUUUGUGUCGAUGGGGGGAAUGUUUUGAGGAGCAUGAUCUCUAGGUAUUGCGUGUAACAGAUGACACAAUUCAGUGUGCGUAGUGUAGUCUUUGUUUAUAACUGAAAUGUGAAUUGUGUAUCUUCCCUUUGUAAACUUGUAGAUCUGUGGAGAACUGCAUAGUAAAGUAAGAUAAUUUAAACUAACAGAUUUCAUGUAUAUGAAGAUUUAUGAAAUUAUACAUUGAAUUUAUAUAUAUAUAUGUAUAACGAGCAUGUUAUUUUUUUCCUCUUAUGAUGUAAAUAU